AUGAAUUCCUACCUUUUGGAUGCUCUGUUCAACGUGCUCAUAUGCACAACCUAUAAGGUCAUAUUGGAAAGAGAUGAUCAAAUAGAGCUUUCCUUCUCGAGGACUUGGGAUGUGUCACUUCAGGACAAGCUCAUUCCCCUAAACAUAGACAAAAGGUUUAUAAUGCUUAAAGGUUCCUCAGGUUUCUAUUCUUAUGCAAUAUAUGAACAUUUAGAGGUAUGGCCUGGUUUCAACCUUGACGAGACUAGGAUUGCAUUCAAGCUCAGAAAAGACAAGUUUCAUUACAUGGCAAUGGCAGAUAACAGGCAGAGAUACAUGCCCUUACCUGAUGACAGGUUACCAGAUAGAGGACAACCACUUGCUUAUCCUGAAGCAGUCCUGCUUGUCAAUCCUGUGGAGCCUGAGUUAAAAGGCGAGGUUGAUGACAAGUAUCAAUACUCAAGUGAGGACAAAGAUUUAAAAGUUCAUGGAUGGAUUUGUAUGGAUCCACCACUGGGGUUCUGGAUAAUUAUUCCUAGUGACGAAUUUCGAUCUGGGGGACCCCUUAAACAAAACCUCACUUCUCAUGUUGGUCCAACUGCUCUUUCUGUGUUUCUCAGUGCCCACUAUGCAGGAGAAGAUUUGGUUCCAAAGUUUGGAGAAGGAGAGUCAUGGAAAAAAAUCUUUGGACCAGUUUUUAUAUAUCUUAAUUCUGUCACUGGAGGGAAGGAUCCCCUAAUUCUCUGGGAGGAUGCCAAAGAACAGAUGCUGGUAGAAGUUCAAAGCUGGCCUUACAGUUUUCCAGCAUCUGAGGAUUUUCCAUCAUCAUCUCAACGCGGUAAUAUUAGUGGAAGAUUGUUAGUCCAAGACAGGUACUUCAAAGAUGAUAAGAUAUAUGCUUCUGGUGCAUAUGUUGGCUUGGCUCCACCAGGAGAAGCUGGUUCAUGGCAAAGAGAAUGCAAGGACUAUCAAUUCUGGACAAAAGCAGAUGAGGAAGGCUAUUAUGUAAUCAGUGACAUACGAGCAGGCGACUAUAACUUGUAUGCAUUUGUCCCUGGAUUCAUUGGAGAUUACAAAAGUGACACUAAAGUUACAAUUACCUCAGGUUGCAGCAUUGAGAUGGAUGAUCUUGUCUUUGAACCCCCAAGAAAUGGACCUACACUUUGGGAAAUUGGCAUUCCUGACCGCUCUGCACGAGAGUUUUAUAUUCCUGAUCCAGAUCCAAAAUAUAUCAACAAACUCUUUGUUAAUCAUCCUGAUAAGUUUAGACAGUACGGGCUAUGGGAGAGAUACACUGACUUGUAUCCAAAUGGUGAUAUAGUCUUUACAAUUGGAGAGAGUGACUAUAAAAAAGAUUGGUUCUUUGCUCAAGUCACUAGGAAAAAGGAUGAGAAGACGUAUACAGGAACAACAUGGCAAAUAAAAUUCAAACUUGACAGUGUUAAUCGAAAUGAAACCUAUUCACUGAGAUUGGCACUUGCAUCUGUAGCACAAGCUGAAUUACAAGUUCGCAUCAAUGAUUCAAGCAUGAAUACUCCUCUAUUCUCAAGUGGAUUGAUAGGGAAGGAUAACGCGAUAGCAAGGCAUGGAAUUCAUGGUCUCUACUGGCUGUUCAAUGUGAAUUUGCAGGGUGACAUGCUUGUUGAAGGGGAAAAUACAAUAUAUUUGACACAAGCAAAUGCAACUAGUCCUUUCCAAGGGAUCAUGUAUGAUUAUAUACGUUUAGAAGCACCUCCUUCCCAUGACUAAGGCAAAUUGUUUGAGAUGUCUUUGUAUAGAUAUUUUUUACUUCAUUACGUUGAAAAUAUGUAAAAUUCUUCUAAAUAUUUUGUACUGUCAUUACUUGAUAUAAAUGCUUCUUUCAUCUUUUCUUUA